UUCUCAUCCGCUUUGCUCAAACACAACAAUCCCCGCGUUUUUCGUGUCCAACAACACACCCCCCACUUUUGAACCAUUCGAGAUCGAUACUGAAGAUCAACAGAGAGAAAGCGAGUGAGAUUGCAACCUGCAGAUAGAAAUGGGAUGGCUGAGCCGCAUUGGGUCGGCCUGCGGGCUGGACGGGGUUGUCUCCUCGUCGACCGUCCUCGCCGCCGCCGCCGCCAGCAGCGUGCUUGUCCCGCUGGGUGUGCUGUACGGUCGCCACGCGUGGCGUCGGUUUGCGGCGGUGGACCAGACCGAGACUGCCGAAGCAUCGCAGCUGAUUCAGUUCAUUGACGCCAACAGCAGCCUGCAGCUCGUCCGCGGCAAGCGACUGCGCGUCGUUCACAUCCCGCACGAGAACAAGGAUGUCCCAGUCCUCUUCAUGCUGCACGGCGCUGGCGGACAGGCCGAGCAGUGGAUGGAGCAGAUUGCCUUCUUCAACGGCCGCUGCUCCAUUGUCGCCUGGGACAACGUCGGCCACGGCAAGAGCGAGAAGCCUCACCGAUACGACCUCUACGCGCGGGAAUCGAUCGUGCAAGACUCUAUCGAGCUCUUCCAUCGAUACCGAGGCCGCCGAAAUGUGCUGCUCGCACACUCGUACGGAACGUCUGUCACGACGGCGCUCUACCCGCACAUCCAGCAACACGUAUCCGCCAUUGUCAUGCUGGGCUGCAUUGUCCAAACACCUACGACCAGCGCCCCGCACGCGUCGCGAGCGUGGCUUCUCGACCUGCCAGACAUCGUUUUGGACGUUCUGCGCUCGCUCGACCGCCGAGGCGGGCCCGACUCGGUUUCGGUUGCCCGGAUGCUGCAUCGCUCUGCCAGCGUUGCGUUAAAGCGCCGCCAGCUUCGCUGGAAUGCAAACACUCCAUCGCACGUCGUCAAGGCGCUGAGCAAGCAAGCCAUCCGCCCAACCCCCGACGACUUUAAAAAGAUUACCGCCCCAGUCCUGCUGAUUUCGGGUGCUGACGACCAUUUGACGGUUCCAGCCAACGCACAUGCCGUCCACGAGAUUCUCGGAGCGCAAUUGUCCGUCAAGCCGCAGAUUCUGCCCGAGACGGGCCACCAGGCCAUGGUGGAGAAGCGUGAGCUGGUCAACGCGCUGAUCAAUCGGUUUUUGAUCGACCAAGCCAAGUUUCACGACCUCGAGCACCCACACCACGUGCAGCGCGGUAACUCGGUCGAGUUCAAGUGGUCGUUGAAGAACUUUGACAAGUGGCGUGCAACACCAGCCUUUGGUCUGUUCAUUCCAGUCACCGCACCUCCCCCACCGCGCCAUGCCUGGCAACACCAGCGUCUCUCUUCUCCUGGGCACUCUCCGACCUCCUCGCCCGCAGCUGCUCAUUCGGCUUCUCUUGCACGUCUGACCAGCAGCCGUUUACCGAGCGACACCAACCUUCCGCCCUUAGGGGACAGUCUGGUGUCGAGCUCUAGCAGCUCCAGCUCAACCUCAGGAAACCCUCAGCCGCUGACGCAAGCCCCCAUGUCAUAUGCAGCAAUCGUGUCUGCUGGUUUGACCGGAGCCCGAGGAGAGCGCAAACCCGGGCACGGUCAUUUUGUUCCCAUGCGCGUCCCGCGGCAGGAUGAUGACGACCACUCGCCAGACCAUGUCGCCUCGAGCCUCCCCUCUGUCGGCUUGGUGCUAGACCUUGGCAGCGACGCACCUCCGUACAUGCCCGAGAGCUUUGGGCAAAUUGAGUACUUGAAGCUCCCGUCCACGUCUAAAAUCGUGCCGUCACGGAGCGAAGUGGAUGCCUUCAUUUCUGCGGCAGCGCGCUUUUGGGCUACCCAUCCCGACCGAGACAUUGGCGUCCACUGCCACUACGGCUACAACCGCACGGGAUUUAUGAUUUGCUCGUACUUGAUUGAAGUUGAAGGCAUGGAUGUCGCGAGCGCCAUUGAGAGAUUCGCGCUGUCGCGUGCCCCCGGAAUUCGCCAUCAACACUUCAAAGACGAGCUGGCUGCCCGCUAUGCGCAGUGACGGUGACUUGCUUGUUGUUUCUUUGUUCGUUGAGGAAAAGUCGGUGUUCAGCCGCGAAAGCCACGAGUUGGGGGUCAAUCAGGGGUGUGAUGAAUUUCCGAGUGUGCAGCUCGUGCGUCGUCCAGUGUUUAGUUUUGUGUGUAUAAAUUGAAAGAUAACUAGAAA